UUUGAGGAAAGAUUGGUGCUAAAGUUAUGUAUAAGAAGGCACAAGCAUCACAUAAAGAUGCACCCCAAUGCUCUGAAUCCUCAAUACCAGCAAGAAGUGAUGGUUCAAGUUGAUUAUCCCAUAGAGAGCUAAUAAUAACAGAAAACCCCCUAAAUUCCCAACUAUAUAGAGGCCAGACAUCUUCUUGGAGAGCAUAGACUGAACCGAGUUCUUCCAUCCUCCUGCCGGUCACAGGCUCACGACCACCGUGCCAGCAGCUCUUGUUCUUCAGGAGGUCCUCGCUACCACGCAUGAAGCUCUUGCUCAGGACGAUGACAAAGGGGAAGAGGUCCAAGAGACGGAGGUCCUCGGCGGCCAGCCUCACAGAUGAUCUUGUCGUCGAGAUCCUCUGUCGCCUCCCAGCCAGAUCGGUCUGUCGCUUCAAGUGUGUGUCCACGACCUGGCGAGACCUCAUCUCUGUCCACAACAGGAAGCUCCCCCAGUCCCUGUCCGGCAUCUUUACCAUGCACGAUGCCGAGAAUAUGAUGGGAUCAGUUCCACAUUUCACCAGUGUUUUGGGCAGAGACUGCCCAUUGGUCUUCCCCUGGUUCGAUUUCCUGCCAGCAAACCGAGUCUAUCUUUUGGACUGCUGCAAUGGACUUGUCCUUUGCAACUACUGGCCUAGGCCUGCCAUCGAUGGUUGCCACUUAUUUGUGUGUAAUCCCGCCACGAAAAAAUGGGUGGAAUUGCCGGAUUCCAACCUAGGAAACAGGCCCCGAUAUUACUGUCUUGGUUUUGAUCCCACAGUGUCACCCCACUUUUAUGUGUUUGAGUUCUUUCGAGACCAUGAUGAAGACUUCAACUUAUUGGUAGCUGGAGUGGAGGUGUAUUCAUCUGAGACAGGACAGUGGGUUCGUAUGGAGGACAAUGGCAUUAGCUCUCAUGCUUGUCAUACUGGCUUGCAUGUCUUUCUGAACAAUGGACGUGUACACUAUCUCACCGAUGAUCCUGCUAUAGCUGUGGUGGACACUCAGGGGAAAGCAUGCCAGAGCAUACCUGUCCCUGACAACAGGGAUUAUGGUUUCAUUCAGCAGUCUCAGGGCCAUCUGUAUUAUGCUAAUUUUGAGGCAGAUAAUGAAGAUCAGGUGGUUCGAUUUGUAGUUUAUGUUCUUGAGGACUAUGACAACCAACGGUGGACGCUGAAGCAUACAGCUGAGGCUUUUGAUGUACUUGGACGAGGAAGUCAUAAUCUUGCACGGGACUUUGAGUGGGUUGCAAUUCACCCGGACUGCAACAUGAUCUUCUACACUGUUGGGUGGGAGAAAACACUAAUGUCCUAUGAUAUGGAUCGUCGGCAGGUCCAAGUCAUCUGCACUCUUGGACAGGACACUCGGGAGGCAUACUUGCCGUAUGUGCCGUUGUUUUCAGAGUUACAGGCUUUGCACAUAUGACACUCAAUAGUUAUUAUUGCCAUGUAUCGCGUGACUACCCUGCUUUUGCUUUUGGAGCAAUGUUGGUUCAUUCUGUAGCGAACUUGGCUUGCUAAUUGCUCCAAGAACUGUUAUAUUAAAUUUUUAAUGAUUAAAGUACAAUUCGUU